ACCAACUUUUCUAGCAUUUGGGUUGCAAAUUGCAAUACCAACUUUCCAUUUGCAAAAUCUUUGAGAUCUUCCAAUGGCCACAUUCAUCUUUAGGUCUAACAAAGCAGUGCAUGCCUUUGUUGGCUGUCUUUGUCUUCUGCUGAUGGUUCAAAAGGGUGCUUCCUAUGAUUUUGUAGUUGGUGGCCAAAAGGGUUGGAGUGUUCCCAAUGAUCCCACUUUCAAUCCUUUCAAUCAAUGGGCAGAAAAGAGCCGUUUUCAAGUUGGAGACUCCCUUGUGUUCAACUACCAAUCUGGCCAAGACUCAGUGCUGUAUGUAAAGAGUGAAGACUAUGCGAGCUGCAACACCGAUUCACCUUAUUCAAAAUUCUCUGAUGGCCAUACAGUCUUCAAGCUAGACAAAUCAGGGCCUCACUUUUUCAUAAGUGGAAGCAAAGACAACUGCCUGAAAAAUGAAAAGUUAACAGUGAUUGUGCUUGCUGAAAGGAACAAAAACAGCAACCAAAGCACCAAUGCUUCUCCACCUUCACCACAAUCAUCAUCUUCAUCACCACCACCUACUACUGGGCAAGAGGGUCAAUCUCCAACUUCAGACACAAACCAAACACCAAGCCCUGUUAGUGAACCUCCACCUCCCAAUGCUGCUGCUUCAGCCUUUCUCUCUCUUGCUGGCUCUGUUGGAGCAUUCAUGGUUUCAGUCAUCAUGCUUUUAUCUUUCUAAGAAUUUAUGAGUGGUUGAGGAUUGAUUUCGUCUUUUUUUUUCUUUUCCAUACAAUUCUUUUUUAUUUUUUCAUUUUUCUGUUCUUUGUUUCCUAUGCUUUGAGGUAAGAACUACUGAACUUGCUGGUCUUUGGUUCAAAGUUGGGAUGUUUGAUAUAUAUUUGUGAAGAUUGAAUAAUAAUAAUAAUGAGCUGACAGUGAUUGAUUUA